ACAAUUUCAGGAAGGUUCAAGGAAGUAGCAUUGCAGAUGAAGCGAACCUACUUUCAUGAUAGUUUUUUUUUUUUUUUCAGGAAAAAUAUUAUUAUUUUCGUUGCUGAAUAUGAUAGCAAACUUUCUAUAUUGCUUCUCCCGAAGUGGCUGGUUAAUUUUUGCAAUGUGAUUAAAGUAGGAUGGCUUCUUCUUCUUCCACUACUGUUGAAGUGAAAAAGCAUGAUGUAUUCCUCAGUUUCUGUGGUGUUGACACCCGCUACACUUUUACCAGCACUUUACUUGGAAUUUUGCAGAGCAGUGGUAUUGAUGUUUUCAUUGAUAACGAACUUAAGAGAGGAGAGCACAUUUCUUCAUCUCUUAUGAAGGAAAUUUCGGAUUCCAUGAUUUCAGUUAUCAUUUUCUCGAAAGGUUAUGCAUCUUCAAGAUGGUGUCUGGAAGAACUUGUGAAGAUCUUGGAGUGCAGGAAUACGGAAAAACAGGUGGUAAUACCAGUUUUCUAUCAUAUCAAUCCAUCAGAUGUAAGGCAUCAAACUGGAUAUUUCGGAGAGGGAUUUAAAAAGCUUCUAGGAAGUUUGGAUGAGGGGAAGUUAGAGAGGGUACAAUGGACAAAAGAACAAUGUACAGAGAAGGUGCUGCAGUGGAAGAAUGCUUUGAGAGAAGCAGCUAAUAUAUCCGGCCGAUCAACAGAAGAGGACCCGUUCGAUUAUAGUCUUGCAAAUAAAGUUUUCCAAGAUAUUUGGUUGACACUAAACAACAUGAUCCCGACUAAUAAUUACGGAGAUUUGGUUGGUGUUGCAUCAACCAUCCCCCAUCUUAUAGAUUUAUUGAGCACUCGGUUGGGAAAUAUCCAUGUUAUAGGAAUUUGGGGAAUGCCUGGUAUAGGUAAGACAACUAUUACAAAUUGUGUAUUCAACCAAAUAAGAAGUCAUUUUGAGGGUUCUUAUUUUGCUGACAAUAUUAGGGAAAAAUCAAUGAGUCCUAACCAACUAAAACCAAUACGACAAGAACUUCUUUCAACUAUUUUUAAACGUGCUGAUUUGGUGAUAAAUUCCAAAGUAACAGAAACAAUGCUUAGACGAAAACGGGUUCUUAUUGUUUUGGAUGAUGUGACAACUUUGAGUCAAAUAGAAUAUUUAGUUGGAGAUAUAUAUUCCUUAGGUAGAGGAAGUCGAAUUAUUAUAACAACUACAGAUAGACAAGUACUUCGAAAUUGUGGAGUGUAUGAAAGAUAUAUAUAUGAGAUGAGGGGAUUGCCUGAGGAUGAAGCUCUCAAACUUUUUAGUUGGUACGCUUUUAAGCAAAGUAAUCCUAACAAAGAUUAUGAUGACCUAUCAAAAAGGGUUGUAAAAUAUGUUGAAGGUAUUCCAUUAGCUCUUAAAGUGUUGGGUUGUUAUUUACUUGGUAAGUCAAAACAAAUUUGGGAAAGUGCAAUAAAUAGAUUAGAAAUAAUUCCUCAUAAGGAUAUUCACAAUGUACUAAAAGUAUGUUACGAGGGACUGAGUGAUGAUGAACAUAAUAUGUUUCUAGAUAUUGCAUGUUUCCUUAAGUUGGAGAAUAUAGAAUUUGUGAUGGACUUCUUGAAUGCUUGUUACUUGGAGGCUGAAAUCGAAGUAAGUGUUCUCAAAGACAAUUGUCUCAUGAACAUAUCAAGAGAUAAUAAGGUAAUAAUGCACAAUUUGCUUCAAGCUAUGGGAAGGGAAAUUGUCCGACAAGAAUUCCCCAGAAAUCCUGGUACACGUAGCCGUUUAUGGUACCAUAGAGAUAUUGAUAGUGUAUUGAAGGAAAACAAGAUGUCUAAUGCAAUCGAAGGCAUAUGUUUAGACAUGUCUCAGCAAGUAGAAGACAUAUACUUACAACCUUCUUCUUUAGGAGUGAUGGAUCAACUGAGAUUCUUUAAACUACAUAACUCAGUGGAUAAUAUCAAUAAGGUGUAUGUUUCCCACAGGCUUAGUUCUAUGUCCUCUGAGCUACGAUACGUAUGCUGGUAUGGAUGUCCAUUGGAAUCAUUGCAGCCAAAUUUUCUGUCAAAGAACCUUGUUGCACUUGACAUGCCUCAUAGCCAUAUUGAUCAACUUCGGUCAAGUGUUCAACUUGUUAAUUUGAAACGUAUUGAUCUAAGUUUUUCUAAACGUCUGAGAAGCCAAGAUCUCUCAUUGACUCCAAAUGUUAAAAUUUUGGUUCUGGAAGGUUGUACAAGUUUACAUGAGAUUUCCUCGUCCAUUCACGGUUGCAAAUAUGAGCUUCAUAUGUUAAAUCUAAGGCACUGCAGAAGCCUUGAGAGUCUUCCAACAGACAUUCAUGUAGCAUCUUUCGAAAAAGUUAUCUUUUCUGGAUGUUCGAAACUCAAGCAGUUUCCACAGGCCUCGUGGGAUAUGAAAGAGAUAUAUUUAGAUGAAACUGCGAUCGAGGAUUUGCCCUCAUCAAUAGAGAAUUUAUCCAGACUAGUUAUAUUAAAUCUUAAGGACUGUUCAAUGCUUCAGAGGCUUCCGAGCAAUAUCCGCCAGUUGAAAUCUCUUCAAUAUCUCAAUCUGUCGGGGUGUUUAAAACUUGAUGGAUUGCCUGAUAAAUUGGGAAAUUUAGAAGCUUUGAGGGUGCUUAAAGCAGAGAGGGUGGCUACAAGAGAAGUACCAACAUCCAUUCUAAAUUUAAGAUGUCUAGAAGAGUUAGAUAUUACCAACUGUAGUAUUGUGAAGUUGCCGAACAAUCUUGGUCAGUUAUCAUCGCUAAAAAGUUUACUUCUUGGCAGAAACUUCUUUAACAGCAUUCCAGAAAGUAUAGAACAGUUGUCUGAAUUAUCUUAUCUUGAUGUAAGCUAUUGCGAGAGGCUUCAAAUCCUGCCAAAGCUUCCAAGAAAAUUGGACAAUAUAAAUGCAAACAAUUGCAUAUCAUUGGAAGAACCACUAAGUUUACGAGAUCUUCUGGAAAGGGAUUUUUCUCACAGCAUAAGAUUUAACUUCAGCAAUUGUUUCAAACUGAAUCAAAAUUCCUGCAGCAAAAUUGUGAGACAAUUUCGACAGUCAGUUCAUCAAAUUUUAAGGAGAUUGGGACCAGAAAUUUUUCUAAAAACUGAUAGAAGUUAUUUCUGUUUUCCGGGAAGUGAAAUUCCAGGCUGGUUUACCUUUAAUGGUAUAGGUUCAUUUUUAACUCUGGCUCCAUGGGCAUUUUUUCGCAGUAGCGAAUUGACUUCUCUUCUUAUCUAUGUUGUGGUGGAGUUUCGAGACUAUCAUAAUAAAGACCAAGGUUUGGCGAUUGGCUUUGAGUGGUUGCUCACGACAGAAGAUGGUGUAGAAGAAGUUAUCCAUGGAACUUGGAGUAUAUGGGACGAUGGUACUGGACCCGACUAUGUGGAUUCAGAUCACGUAUUCCUGGGAAUUGAUCAUACUUUCAAGUUCGAUGAUCCACUUUUACCUAGAGAUAAAAGAUAUUUUGGCAUAAGCAUCCGAUUUCAUGUUGAGAAUUCAUAUACUGAAAGACUAGACUACUGCAAAGUAAAGAAGUGUGGAUUUUUUGUCCCAGAUAAGAAUCCACCCCAGGUGUCUAAUGCAAUCGAAGGCAUAUGUUUAGACAUGUCUCAGCAAGCAGAGAACAUAGACUUACAACCUUCUUCUUUAGGAGUGAUGGAUCAACUGAGAUUCUUUAAACUAUAUAACUCAGUGGAUAAUAUCAAUAAGGUGCAUGUUUCCGACAAGCUUAGUUUUAUUUCCUCUGAGCUACGAUACGUAUGCUGGUAUGGAUGUCCACUGGAAUCAUUGCAGCCAAAUUUUCUGUCAAAGAACCUUGUUGCACUUGACAUGCCUCAUAGCCAUAUUGAUCAACUUCGGUCAAGUGUUCAGCUUGUUAAUUUGAAACGUAUUGAUCUAAGUUUUUCCAAACGUCUGAGAAGCCAAGAUCUCUCAUUGACUCCAAAUGUUAAAAUUUUGGUUCUGGAAGGUUGUAAACGUUUACAUGAGAUUUCCUCGUCUAUUCACGGUUGCAAAUACGAGCUUCAUAUGUUAAAUCUAAGGCACUGCAGAAGCCUUGAGAGUCUUCCAACAGACAUUCAUGUAGCAUCUUUCGAAAAAGUUAUCUUUUCUGGAUGUUCGAAACUCAAGCAAUUUCCACAGGCCUUGUGGGAUAAGAAAGAGAUUUAUUUAGAUGAAACUGCAAUCGAGGAUUUGCCCUCAUCAAUAGAGAAUUUAUCCAGACUAGUUAUAUUAAAUCUUAAGGACUGCUCAAUGCUUCAGAGGCUCCCGAGCAGUAUCUACCAGUUGAAAUCUCUUCAAUAUCUCAAUCUCUCGGGGUGUUUAAAACUUGAUGGAUUGCCUGAUAAAUUGGGAAAUUUAGAAGCUUUGAGGGUGCUUAAAGCAGAGAGGGUGGCUACAAGAGAAGUACCAACAUCCAUUCUAAAUUUAAGAUGUCUAGAAGAGUUAGAUCUGACCAACUCUAGUAUUGUGAAGUUGCCGAACAAUCUUGGUCAGUUAUCAUCGCUAAAAAGUUUACUUCUUGGCAGAAACUUCUUUGACAGCAUUCCAGAAAGUAUAGAACAGUUGUCUGAAUUAUCUUAUCUUGAUGUAAGCUAUUGCGAGAGGCUUCAAAUCCUGCCAAAGCUUCCGAGCAAACUGGACAAUAUAAAUGCAAACAAUUGCAUAUCAUUGGAAGAACCACUAAGUUUACGAGAUCUUCUGAAAAGGGAUUUUUCUCCCGGCAUAAGAUUUAACUUCAGCAAUUGUUUCAAACUGAAUCAAAAUUCCUGCAGUAAAAUUAUGAGACAAUUUCAAAUGUCAGCGAAUCUUCAAAUUUUAAGGGGAUUGGGACAGGAAAUUUUUCUAGGAACUGAUAGAAGUUAUUUCUGUUUUCCGGGAAGUGAAAUUCCAGAGUGGUUUACCUUGCGUGCUACAGGUUCUUCUGUAUGGUAUCCAUGGCCAAAUUUUUGGAGUAGUGACUUGACUUCUCUUCUUGUCUGUGCUGUGGUAGAGUUUCGAGACUAUAAUAAAGACCGAGGUUUGGCGAUUGGCUUGGACUGGUUGCUCCAGAGAGAACAUGGAGCAGAAGUAGUUAUCCAUGGAACUUGGAGUGUAUGGGACAAUGGUACUGGACCCGACUAUCUGGAAUCAGAUCACGUAUUCCUGGGAUUUUAUCCUACUUUCAAGUUCGAUGAUCCACUUUUACCCAGAGAUGAAAGAUAUGAUGGCAUAGGCAUCCGAUUUCAUGUUCAGAAUUCAUAUGCUGAAAGACUACAUGACUGCAACGUAAAGAAGUGUGGAUUUUUUGGUCAAUAUCUGAAUCCAGUCGAGGUAAAUAAGUUGCCAUUUCUUUUUCCCUUUUACUGUGUUAUCUAUCUUUUUAAGAUCUUAUUUUACUUCGAUUCUCGGGUAUAUGUGCCACAUGUUUAUCUUUCUUUAUUGCAUCUAACCAUUACCAAUGCCAUUUGUCAUUGGUUUUCAUUUGUUAUACUUCACUUACGAUCUAGGCCAAAUGUUCCACAAACAAAUUCUCUUCUAAUUCAUAUAACAUUGAUUCAAUGUAAAUUAGAAUCUUCCCCUAUUCUAAUUUCACUUACACUUGAUGGAAAAAAAUUUUGUGAUCAAUAUUUGUUUGUUAUCAAUUUUCUCACAACCGAAAUGAAACCACUUUGUACCCUCCCGCUCUUACCGAGGUUCUAAUUCUUUCUUGAACCAUUCACAUAUGUAGAAAUUCUAUAAAAGAUUUGUCAAAAU